UUACCCACUCAGCAGUGAGCUGCUCUGUUUUAAAGGUCCCAGGUGCGGCGGGGCUCUUUUUCUCUCUUUCUUCUCCAGGGAGCUCGCAGAGGGCGGCAGGACCUGAUCGGCCCAACGCAUCGAAGCGUGCCAGAACCGACCCGACCUGACCAUGUCGGGACCUUCCGGGUGGCUUGAGGUCUGGCUUUGGGUCGCUGCGGUGGCUUUAGUCCGCCUUUGCGCGGCGGACCCGGCGGGGUUCUUCCCGGUCCCGGUGUGGAAAUUUAUGGCAGUGUCAGGACGCGAAGGUACUCCGGUCCCGGCCCGGCCGCAGUUCCGCUGCGGCGACUCGAGGCUUCGGGCGCGUUUGUCCCUCGUCAGACACUCGGACGCGCGGCUGGCAGACGGCGUUCUGCUGCCGGCGCUGCCCGACGGCUCUGCUGCUUCCGUUCGGAGGUUCGGUCCGGUCCUGCUGCUCGAGCUACCCUACGGGGACGCGCACCUGCAGCCGGCGGUGUUAAAUGGAAGACUCUUCCACCGGCUGCAGGUCUUUUAUUUUGACAGUCUGCUGCAGACCAGCAUGGUGGCGCUGGCUUCCUGCGAGGAUCCGGCCACAGCCCCGCGUCCGCUGCCCACCUCGAUCCUCUGCAGAGCCACGCAAAUCCUGGUCCGGCUGCCUGUGGGGUCCAAAGUGCUGAAGGUCAAAGAUGUGAACAACGGAGCUCAAGUCCGCCCGGGGGUGGCUGCGGGUUCUGCGUUUGUGCUCGUCUCCAUCGCAGCCAACGCGGAUUCCAUGGUAGAAAUUUAUUUUGACUCUCUGGGGGAAAUGUUCACCAUGCUGGCAGCUUGCAACAACACGCAUGCGCAAAGUCCACACAAAGUUCAUCCCAGAUCUGUGCAGAAUGUGGUGGACUCUGACAAUCAAGCAACAGAGGGACCAUCAUGUGGGACCGCUACAACACCAGUAGCUCAUGUUAACUUGCCCAUCUUUGAAUUGUGGGGUUAUGAUGAGAUUCCCACAGGUCAAUUUACUGAGGAUAACACCGAUGACAUAACUGGUGCUCAAUUAACUUAUGGCCUUUCACCAACUCUGUCCAGUACAGUUGGUGCCACAACUAUAAGACUGUGCCCCAUAACUUUACCACCUUCUCCAACUGCCACCUGUGCAAGUGUCACUGACCCUCUUGUGUCAACGCAUGUCACAACGACAAAACCAUGUUCAGACCCAAUGCCAAAAACUACUCCAGCUCUGUGUGCUGCUAUUAAUCCUGAAUUUCUCACUAGCUCAACCUUGAUUACUACUGCAGUGCGCACAUCUAGUGCUUCUCUGACCUCAAAAACUAGUCCUGCUCAAACCAAAACUACCUCAACUUCUGAAACCACAAUGGCAGCUGCUACUGCAAUUUCUAGAUCCACCAUGGCCCCGCCUGCUUCAACCGCAACUACAAUGCCCGCAGCCGCCUCAUCUUCUGCUGGAUCCGCAACUCCAACCAAAGGUCCUGGACCCAGAACCAGCUCAGCCCCAUUAACGUCCGCCUCCAAUCCAACCACUUUUCCUGCAUUGCUUACACCAAUCUCAACUGCAGUAUCCACAACCACCCCUGCUGUGUCAGCUAAAUCUCGGAGCUCGACUGCUGCAGUACUGACAACCACCUCAUCUCCUACCACGAUGACCACUCCUGCUCCAACUACAACUAGAGCGACUACAAUCACGUCUCCUACUGUACCAGAAACUCCACCUGCAUCUACCACCGUCUCUUCAACCACAAGUCCUGUACCCACAACCAGCUCUACUCUGACCUCAGCAUCUACAGGAACCACAACGGCCGCAGCCUUAACUAAAUUUCCUAAAACUACAAUGCCCACAACCACUUCACCUCCUACCACGACAAUCACUUCUGCUCCAACCAAAAGUCCUGUACCCAAAACCACCCGAGCGCCUUCGAGAACCACAUUAACCUAUCCUGAAUUGGUCACAACGUUCUCGUUGACCAAGAUAACUGGAGUGCAGACGACCACUCCUUUAACCACAACUACGAUGCCCACAGCCACCUUGUAUAUGACCUCAUAUCCUGUAGUACCCACAACUCCACUGGCUAUGACAACAGUCUCUCCAACCACCUCUACUCUGGCUUCAACUACAGAAACCAAAAUUUCUGCAGUCUCAACACUUUCAACCGCAAGGCUCGUACCGACAACCAGCUCAGCCCCUUCAUCAACCACAACUCCUCCUACAUUGGCCACACCAAUCUCUUCUGUAGUAUCCGCAGCCACUCCUGCUGUCACAACUACAUCUUUGACGACGACUACCACAGGGCCGACAAUCACCUCACCUUCUACCGUGAUGACCACAACUACGAAACCAUAUUCAGAAAUGCUGCCACAAACUCUGCCUCCAGCUCCAUGUGCUGCUACUAAUCCUGCAUUGCCUGAAACCUUGACUACUACUGCAAUGCCUGCCUCCCGUGCUGCUCUGACCACGAUGACCACUGCUGCCGCAACCAAAAGUCCUUUACCCACAACCACUUCUACUUUGACUUUACCUACCACUGAAACAACUGCUGCAGCCUCAUCUACAAGUUUUAAAACUGCAAUGGCCACUCCCACUCUUAAGAUGAUACCAACAGCUACCUCAUCUCCCAUCAUGAUGACCACUUCUGCUCAAACUAAAAGUCCUGUGCCCACAACCACCUCAGGCCCAUCACAGACCAUAUCGAGCUCCACUCCAACCACAUCUCCUGUGUUGGUCACAACAAUCUCCACUGAGGUAUCAAUAACCACUCCUCCUCCUGCUACAAAGACCACUGUCGCGCCAACUAAAACUGAUGUACUCACAGCUACCUCUGCUGCAACAUCUACUGGCCUACCCAUAACUCCACCCACCAGUCAUGUACCCACAACCAUCUCUACUGCGGCCACUACAGGACUUUCUACAACCGCCAUGACAACUCUUGCUUCAACCACAGCUACGAUGCCCAUAAGCACCUCUGCUGUAACCACAACUCAACAGACCACUAUUACAGUCUCACCAACUACAGCUCAUUUACCCACAACCACAUCAGUCCCUCCACAAACCACAUCCUCUGUUCCAACCACAACUUCUCCUUCACUAGUGACCACAAGCUCUCCUUUGAGCCACAUCUCCUGCAGUGGCCACAACCCCUGUUGCACCGAGCACAAAGACUAUUCUUUCUCCAACCACAACUGUGAUGCCCACAACUACAUCUGCUGUACCCACAACUCCACCUGCCUCUAUGACUGUUUCUUCAACUGA